AUGCACUUCCCAACCAUCCUCACCCUCGCCACCCUCCUCGGCCUCAGCACAGCAAAACACGGCCCAGUCUUAAAGCCAGUAUACACCUGCUGCCUCAACAUUGACCACACCGUCUGUCUCGAGACGCAAAAGCCGAUCGAGUACGCCGGGACACACGAUUGUGCCUACCACCCACUCAAACCCUUGAUCGAGAAUGUACCAGAUGUAGGCACCAAGCAUUGGAAUGACUGCCGGGAUCCGAAGAAGAAGAGCUAUUGGUGUGUGCAUUUUACCGAGUGGUAG